AUGGGGGUUCUGGCAGUGCUGCUAGGGGUGCUUGGCUUUCUGGGGUUUACUCCAGGGGGCUCCCAUGCCCUCCACUGGGAUAGCACUUCUUGCCACUUGGCCAGAUCCAUCCCUGGCAGCCCUCUUGGGUCCUUGAGCUUCCUGGGCAAGGAUACCCAGGGACUGGCACUGUUCCACGCCCGCUGGGAUGCACACAGAAGGCUGCAGGUAUGUAGCAGGCUGGAUGAACCAGAGCUCACGGCAACCUUCGGUGCUCUCUGUGUUCAUGAGAUCACCCAGGGCUUCUUCAUUCACACCCCCGGACCUGAGCUUCAGAGAACACUGGCCAUGCUUCAGAGUCAGUGGGAAACCUGCCGAGGACCUGAGGAAGGUCCAGCAAGGGCCAGGGAGAGGAGAAUGGCAGGGCAGAGUGAAGCACCUGGCAGAGGGUAUCUGCGAACAAAGAGAGGCUGGACCAUGCCUGGCACACUGUGGUGUGGAGUUGGAGACUCUGCUGGGAACUCCUCGGAGUUGGGGAUCUUCCAGGGCCCUGAUCUCUGCUGCCGGGAACAUGACCGCUGCCCACAGAACAUCUCGCCCUUGCAGUAUAACUAUGGCAUCCGAAACUUCAGAUUCCAUACCAUCUCCCACUGUGACUGUGAUACCAGGUUCCAGCAAUGCCUGAGGAACCAGCAUGACUCCAUCUCGGACAUUGUGGGUGUAGCCUUCUUCAACGUACUGGAGAUCCCCUGCUUUGUGCUGAAGGAGAAGGAGGCGUGUGUGGAGUGGUACUGGUGGGGAGGGUGUAGAACGUAUGGCUCGGUGCUCCUCGCCCAUCUCCAGCCCACUACCUACUACAAUGCCUCCUGGAGAUCCCCCAUCACCUCCCUGACUCCAAGUCCCCAAAGCCUAGCCCCCACCAAAUUGCAACAAAAGCAGCACCCUCAGAAGAGGCAGCCACAGCUAAAAAACUCCAGGUACCCCAGUGUGGCCAACACCACAGUCUUCCAGGCCACAUCCUCCAGGACUGAUGUAGCCCCCACAGCUGAGACAUGGGCUCCCCAUCCAGUUCUCCAGCACCUAAAACCUCAGGGUGCCCACAGGGCCUGCCGUAGCUUCCGCCGCCUGGACCAGUGUGAGCACCAAAUUAAGCCCCAGGAAACCAAGUUCCAGCUGCUCAACAGUGCCCGUGGGCCCCUUUUCCACUGCAACUGCACACAACGUCUGGCACGCUUCCUGAGGCUCCAUAGCCCACCUGCAGGUGCCAACAUGCUCUGGGAGUUGCUGGGCACCACCUGCUUCAAACUGGUCCCUUCACUGGACUGUGCUGAGGACAAAGGCUGUUCCAAAGACCCAAGGGCCAUCAAGGUGUCAGUACGACACUUGCGGCGACUUCAGAAGAUACGAUUCCAACUCAGGGAUAAAGACACAGAGGAAGGGCAGGCAUGGCCAUUGGAGCCCACAGGGACUCCUGUGUCAUUCUACAACCAGUGCCUGCAGCUAACCCAGGCAACCUGGAGACUUAAUGGGCAGCAGAAAUUCUGGAGCUAG